AUGCAUGUGGACAAAUAUGGAGAAGUGUUCUGCAAAGAAUCUGAGGAUCAGAGGGCCAAAUGGAAUUCACGUAUUGAAUACAUCCUCUCCCUUGUUGGCUAUUGUGUUGGAUUCGGGAAUUUGUGGAGGUUCCCGUACGUCUGUAACAGAAAUGGCGGAGGCGCCUUCCUGCUGCCGUUCCUACUCUGUAUCUUAAUCAUUGGGUUCCCCGUGUUCUUCUUGGAAGCCUCGCUGUCUCAGUUCUCCGGAAGGGCGACUCCUGGUGUGUGGAGUUUCUGUCCUAUAUUCAAAGGAGUUGGUGUCGGUGCCCUGGUGAUGAACGUCAUCUACAUCCCGUACUACAGCAUCCUCCUGGCCUGGCCCAUCUACUACAUGGUCAAGUCCUGCUCCAGCGUCCUGCCCUGGACAACUUGUGGCAACGACUGGAACACCAACAUGUGUGUGGAAGACGUGAGGAACGUCACCUACAGCAGCCACAACGGAACAAGCGCGGAUGAUGCUAUUGUCACACAGCGCUGGGAAAAUGUCACUCUAGGUCAUACAGCGGCCGAGGAAUUCUGGCAGUACAAUGUGCUGAGUAUAUCUCGAGGUUUGGAGGAGGUGGGCUCUGUCCAAUGGCACAUCGUGGCUUGUUUGUUCGCUUCAUACGUCAUCAUAUUUCUGUGCAUGAUUCGCGGGGUCAAGUCAGUGGGCAAGGCAGUGUACGUGACGGCAAUAUUGCCGUACAUACUCCUGAUCAUCAUCUUCAUCAGCACUCUGAUUCAACCGGGAGCGGGAUCCGGUCUGCUGUACUACGUCACGCCGGACUUCGGGAAACUACAGGAUGUGAAGGUGUGUUCAGCAGAAUGUACGGCGCAGACCGUUCUUGCAGAGUUCGGUGGUAGGGCUUUGUAG